AUGACGUAUCCUGGAGAAAGGUAUCCUGGCAGCAACGCAGAAUAUGUCACAGCGAUCAAGGAAUCUUCGCGCAACAGUGAUGAGUGGCAAUAUACGUUUUGCCGUAGUGAUGCGUGGGGUUAUAUCCAAGCAUUUAAAAGUGGGAAAGAAUAUGAGCCAGGUAUUUCCAGUCUUAGUGGACUAGCACAGUCUGCUCGUUCCCGUCUGACUUAUGAAACAACAACGGACCCCCUUGCCGUAAAAACCAAAUUCCUGCUAUCUGGUGAUGGUCCAUUUAAGAAGUAUGGUUCGUUAACGUCAAUAAACAUGUUUAAUUUCUACCAACGUUCAACUUCGAACUUCGCCGAUUUUACUCUCUUGAAUAUCGAUCCAAUUGAAGCCUAUGAACGGUCCUCAAACACAGAUGACAUCGGACCGAAGUUGUGGUAUCCACACAAAAAAACUAUCGACAUGUCUGAUUUCACAAUCUGUAUGAUAAAAAUAGAAGUAACUGGCUCAUCUGCAAAUCUUUCUUUUUCAGUCAGAAGUAAGGCAGGCACAAAUAGCGGAAUAGAAGAUACAGUCUUGGGAAUUCGUCAGGAAUAUGUGGAGAACAGUGGAGCUUGUAUAGAGUACAAAUGCAGUGGCAAGUUUCCGUUAUUCAAAAACCUUAUUUCAUCAACUGGAUCUCAAAGUCAACACGAUUAUACCAAAGUAACAAUAACCCCAGUAGGACGAUUAUGUACUGUGUCAUGGGAAGGCGAAAUCAAAUCACAUGAUAUUAAUACUGGAUCAAGCAACAUCGGAACCGUAUCUCCUGAAUGGUUUAUUCCCGACACAGAAGAACAUGGGAUCUACAUAUAUGAGCAAACACUAAUGUAUGGUGCCGUGGAUUGGGAAAAUGCAAGGGAGACAACUCGGAACAUGUGCAAGAAAGGCGUCAAAAGUCCGUCAGAUGAAACCAACCCCAGCAUGAAUGCUGCCGUUGACCCUGCUCUCAGGUUUACGUGUAUCUAA